CCUCCUUGUUCCCAUCCGUCAUCGCCAAUUCGCCUCCAAUUCUAAUUUCUUUGCAUCCGCGCAUCAUUUUCUAAUACCGCAACAAUGUCUACUUCUAUCCGCUCCAUCCGCUCUCUCGUCCCCCUUCUUGACCGCGUCCUCGUCCAGCGCGUCAAGGCCGAGACCAAGACCGCCUCCGGCAUCUUCCUGCCCGAGUCCUCUGUCGAGAAGCUCAACGAGGCCAAGGUCCUUGCUGUCGGCCCCGGUGCCUUCGACAAGGCUGGCGCCCGUCUCCCCAUGGGCGUUGCCGUCGGCGACCGCGUCCUGAUCCCCAGCUUCGGCGGUUCCCCCGUCAAGGCCGGCGAGGAGGAGUUCCAGCUCUUCCGUGACAGCGAGAUCCUCGCCAAGAUCAACGAGUAAAAAAUUCCAUACGAAAUCAUAAUAACCAGCAACCAAAAAAUGAAAAAGGAGAGCGUUUUCCUUUGUCGGGGAGGCUGAACGAAACGUGUAUCACCAACUGUACUGUACCAUACGACAAUAAGAGAAACAAAAAAGGAGCGGGAGAUUAUUAGACUGUAAGGAGAGACAAAUGACGGGCUUUUGUGGUAGCACGUCGGCGCUCGGGUGCGGCAGUGGCCGCUAUAUCUGAGACGUACGAGCUUGUUAUACUACCACUAACUAGCACGACUACUACUAUUUAGACGAAAGACAUACUUGAAAUCUCCCCUC